AGGCUGGUCCUGCCGGGGAUUUAAGUGCAUGCUCGUUUUCUGUUGUCGCUCCUUCGGGAUUAUCCUGCUUAAGAGAAAAUGGGAGUAUGGUAAUGUUAAGGUUAAUGUUUCUUAAGGAUAUAUUUGCAGUGCAAAAGUCGAUUAAAAGAAAAGAAGCUCUAAACGUCUUUUAAUUUAGACGUUUGUGACACUUUUAAAAGUAUCACAAAUUAAGGUUUCCUGAGAGCUUUGCACUGUGUUUUGUUAUUAAAAUACAAUCAUGGUUACAUUUUAAAGAUCAUGCAAUAAACGAACGAGAACUGAUGAUCUUGCAGACUUGAAACGUGCUACGUGUGAUUCAUUCUGGCGUUGGUCUCUGUUUGCACCGACGGGAAUUGUUGUGACUAACUGGUUUGUGUAUGGGACAUUUCCAGCCAGGUUUGGAGAUGGAUUAUAUGACUCCUAUAUGAGGAUAGAUCAGAUUAGGUACCAAGAGCCUACAAAUGAAGAACACAGCCCCUCAGGACUUCCUUCCCUUGGAAGAUCUAACGUUUCUAGCAACAAACUUGCGAUGAAGGAUCACCCUCUGACUGGAAGUCAGGUCAAAGUGGAACAAUUAUUUGAAGACUUUGGCAACAGAAGGAGUAGCACUCUUCAGUCUGCAGGGAUUACUGGUUCCGAAAGAUCUCUUCCUUCCCUGACAAAAGAUAAAAGUAUAGAGAGCGUAAGCACUUCUAAAGGUGGUGGUAGUUCCUCAAAAGCACAUAAAGCCAUUUCCCAAGCUCCAGAGCAAGCUGUCAAACAGUACAAACAUCAGUUAUCUGCUUACGAACAGCAAGAGAUAUAUAAUUUUGCUGAAAUUUACUUUGUGGGUCCAGCUGCAAAAAAGAGACAAGGAGUUAUUGGUGGUCCCAACAAUGGAGGGUAUGAUGAUGACCAAGGCAGCUACAUUCAUGUGCCCCAUGACCAUCUUGCCUACCGGUAUGAAGUACUCAAAAUCAUUGGCAAGGGCAGUUUUGGACAAGUUGCUAAAGUCUAUGAUCACAAACUCCACCAACACUUAGCCUUAAAGAUGGUUCGCAAUGAAAAGAGGUUCCAUCGCCAAGCAGCAGAAGAAAUCCGGAUUCUGGAGCAUCUGAAGAAGCAGGAUAAAACGGGCAGUAUGAAUGUUAUUCACAUGCUGGAAAGCUUCACCUUUCGGAACCACAUCUGUAUGACCUUUGAACUCUUGAGUAUGAACCUGUAUGAGCUGAUUAAAAGAAAUAAGUUUCAGGGCUUCAGUAUCCAACUGGUGCGCAAGUUUGCUCACUCUAUACUGCAGUGUUUGGAUGCCCUUUACAGAAACAAAAUCAUACACUGUGACUUGAAGCCGGAAAACAUCCUCCUAAAACAGCAAGGGAGGAGUGGAAUCAAGGUUAUAGAUUUUGGGUCCAGCUGUUUUGAGCACCAAAGAGUCUACACGUAUAUUCAGUCUCGAUUUUAUCGGGCACCAGAGGUAAUUCUGGGAAGUCGCUAUGGGAUGCCCAUAGACAUGUGGAGUUUUGGCUGUAUUCUGGUGGAGCUAUUGACUGGAUAUCCUCUUUUUCCUGGAGAGGAUGAGGGAGACCAACUGGCUUGCAUGAUGGAACUUCUUGGAAUGCCACCCCAGAAGCUUUUGGAUCAAUCCAAGCGAGCCAAGAACUUCAUCAACUCUAAGGGUCAUCCUCGCUACUGCACUGUAACUACGCAUGCAGAUGGAAGAGUGACCCUUAACGGGAGUCGAUCGCGCCGGGGGAAAAUACGAGGCGCUCCAGGGAACAAAGACUGGGUGACGGCACUGAAAGGCUGCGACGAUCCCUUGUUUAUAGAGUUCUUAAAAGAAUGUCUCAGCUGGGAUCCUUCCGCACGCAUGACUCCGAGUCAAGCUUUAAGGCACCCUUGGAUUUGUAAACGAACGCCCAAACCACCCAGCGCUGAUAAAACCUCCAAUAAACGGAUUUCUAGCUAUACAAGCUCUUUCACGGGAAUAGGUUCCAAGUUGCCUCCCGUAGUUGGAGUGGCAAACAAGCUGAGGGCUAAUUUAACAUCCGACUCCAAUGGCAGUAUACCUCUAUGUACUGUGCUACCCAAACUGGUCAGCUAAUAGAGAACUAUGUAUUUCCAGAAUACAUACCUUGUAUUUUAAUUGUUUGUUAAUAAUGUGUAAGGAAGUUAAAUGCAGAGGUUUUUAACGGAUUUACUUUUUACUAGAGGCUAAAUCUUGAAGAUAAAAAGUUCAGUCAAAAUGUACACAUUUAAAGGGCUAACUCUUACCCGGUUUUGCUCACGGCAUGGUGCAUCUGACACUCCUGGGUAGGUCGGCUCAGCUGUCCGGUAAAGCGACAGCGUGGCAGACGUGCUAUUUAACAACACUGUUUUAGUAAAUCAAACUCUUUCUUACCAGGAUGGUUUAACAGAUUCUUUUGCUUAUGGCAGCAAGGGAAAUCGAUCUAAAAUACGCAAUUUCAGUUAAUCUCCAGCUGAACUCUUUUUAUUCUGGGAGAGUUUUUACAUCUAUUGUCAAAGCACAAAUGCGUUCAUGUAAUGCGUUAUGAACUUGCAAAUUGCUAACUUGUAUUUGAAGAAUUUUAUUUCUCUGCGCUGCUUUUCCCUUAUCUAUCCUGACUGAGAUUUUUAAAAAUACCACGUGAUGUAGACACCGAAGGAAUUUGGUGUUGAAAUUUUAUCAUCUGAAUAUUUUUUUUUUUUUCCCCCAAAGGAGCGCAGAAAUGCCAUAAAACACAGGAUAUAUCUGAAUAAAACUCCUAACUUCUGUACCCGUUCUAUUUCCCUUAAAAAUUCUGUGGGAAGCUGGUAGGGGAAUUCAAGAUCAAGACUGGCCCAUCACAAGCGUGGGCCAGUUUGUUCAGGGCUAAUGGUUCAAUUAUACAUUUCUUUGGAGCUCGGAUUUAAGUCAUCGGUUCUGCCAGGUGUGCGUGUGUUUGUUUUCCUGUGGUGUUCCCAAAACAAAAAUGUUGAACUUUAAGAGUUGGUUUAUAUACAUGUCUGAGAUUCUGGUCACUUUAAAAAUGUCUCCUUUUUUUGUGUAGCCUGAAUUCCAUGGAAUUACAUGGAGCUCUUUUAAUAAAAAGCAAAGAUGCCACCCCUCUUAGACAGGUAAAAGUUUUUAAGGCUCAGGACUGUAGCUAGAAAAUGGGGGGCAGGGGGGCACAGCUGAUAGUUGGAAGCAUGCUCUGAAAUCUAAGCAUAAUCUGUGAAAUACCAGGAAAGAUUGAUAGGGUGCAAGAACUGGAGGAUGCAAAACAAAAUACAUUAUGGGAACGAUUGCUUUAUUUCUAAUUGUAUUCCUUCAGGUCUUUGCGAGAGAGAUGCCUACGUUUUCUCAUUCUUGAAAUACAGGAGCUUCUAUUUCCUCUUCCUUUAUCUUCCGAGGACAUGAAAAGGCGGUGCGACCUGUAACGACAACAGCACAACUCGUUGGGGUUGUUACUUCUCGCAGCCACAUGGCUCAAGUCCAUUUACAAAACCAUCUGAUCUCUUGCCAGGUGCCUGAACACAAUUUUAAAUACAAUUUAGAGCUUUUAUGAACAGAAGGUCUUAAAUUUAAUGAGCUUCCCUGAAGCAGGUUUUUAAUGUUAAAACAAGGAGGCUCUCGGUUAUACAAAGGAAUUAUCAGGGUGAUUUUUAAGAUAAGGUGACCACACGUUCAAUACAAGACCCUCCCUCUGAGAAGAUGGGGCUGCAUUUUCUCCUCUGCUCUCUUUAAUUACAGCACUGGUGAAAUGCUGGGUGGAGGCCGGUAGAAAAAGUCAAAAAGACAGAGCCAAAGCUCCAGACUUCCCAGGACUGUUGUUUAAACUGAGGUUCUCGGGUACUUGGCUUUUCUGAGUUCUUUUGUUUUACAAGUGUAAAUUUAAUAAGCUUAGUAAUAAUAUUAAAAUAACAGUCUAGCCUUUAUCCGUGCAGCUACAAGUAACACCAGCGAGUGUGGUAUGUUCACGGUUUGCUUCGUAAUAAUGCAUGAGUGGUAUUUUUUUUUAUUUUGCUUGGCUGAGUGGAGUUUUAUUUGAAUGGAGAAUCAGGGAGGUGGAUUUUGGGGGGAAGUGGCAGAAGAUACCAUCGAUUUUAGUAGACUCUCUAAUAGAUGUGGCACGUUUCCAGAGCCAGAAACAUUUUUCUUCCUCCUCUGCUCUUUACUCUAUGCAUUUUCUUACAAAAUGUACCUGGUGAGUGAGGAGAAAGGAACCUUUCAGGAGCCAUAGCUUGUUAGGAAAGAUGUGUAGAAAAGCACUUUGUAUAGAGACUGUAAAGGGAUGGCGGUGCCUGGAGCCUGGCAGAGGAUGGCAGUGCUGGUGUGCUCGGAGCUGUACAGACAGGUCUUCCCUUAGGAACACGGAGCAGUAUCUUGGUUCUAAACCAUUUUCAUCCAUGAAAUGCCAAAUGUAGAAUAAUCCUUCUCCUGUGACUUCUGGGAACUGGUUACUGUGAGGUAACUUCCAGUGUGACAGCCUCUGGUUUACCCACGGUAAUCUCACUUAAGGCUGGGGCUGUGAAACUGCAGAUAAAGUCAUUAGCUGGAAAGAACAUUGCUUUUUAUCCAGAAAAUGUGUUCGGCGUCACCUGACUGCACAAGGUGCCUGUUAUGACUUGUGUGUGUUUAAAGCUGGAUCUUGCUUACUUGGGAAUACUGUGUUGUAAAAUCAAGCGCGUGGUUAGCUGUCUCGCUGGUGUGGGUCUGUCUGUAGCCACAGCGGGUGAGAAGGAAAAGGACACGGCCUCAGCAGGCUUUUGCCGUAUUGAAAAGGACUUCUUCAUAACCCAGGGAAUACGGCUGAGAAUGUUUUGGUCUUGUUUCCAAUUACUAAGCCCCAUUUUUUUUAUAAACUGCUUGCUUUCAGUGGAUAACGUGACACAGUAUUCCCCAACCGGAGAGCCCUAAUGGAUCUCCUGUCUGGGAGAGGGCUGGGGGAUCGUCCCUGCAAGCACUUGACUCCUUGUGUUCCCUGUGAAUUAGCACAGGAGUUGCCCACAGCCACGUUGGGCCAGGGGCUGUGUCCUUCUUCGGUGUCGUUUAUAAAGGGUGGCCACGGCAGCAGUGGCUGGCUUCACCGAGAUACAGUCGAAUCCCGACUUCACACUUUGGAAAGCAGAACAGGAGUGAGGUCUGACAUUGCCACAAGUCCAUCAUUUUCAUUAGCUGUGAUACUGGUUAGAAUGUUAAAAAUCGUCUAAAACUAAACUUGCCUAAAUAGAUUAACAGACCAGCUUUUAUUUUUUCUGGUAACUCUGUGAGUUUGUUAAUCUGCCAGCACAAGCGAGAUUCCACAAGAACUUCCAUCACGUCCUUCUAGGAAGUUAGCUCAAACCCAAUGCAAAUCACUUGGCUUCAGAGCAAAAUGGACAUCACGUUUAUAAAAGUCACUUAAACUUGUUUUAAAAUGUUCAUUAUAACGUUCCCUCUGGUUUACGGCACCGUUAGUCUCUGUACUAUAAAUAACGCGCUCUGGUUAUUGUCUGCAUUGUUACCUGUUUGGUUGAGCAAUAUUUUUAUAUAAACGAAUGACAAGGCACAAGCAUCACACCUGACGGAUACACAUUGCUUUUGCAGGGGGCUCCAGGUUUGAUCUGCCUGUCCAAGUUGCAGGGGAAAGCUCGGUUUUAUUUGAACUCAGUGGGACAGUGAAGUAUUCUUCUUCCCUGCGGAACACGGUACCGCAGACGGACACCCAGGCCGCGUUUAGUUCUUCACAGGCUCGAUCUUACUCAUGCCAGCCGCUGAAUGUGGAGCUUGUUUCACAGCAGUGACCUGGUUAUAGAGAUCUGUGUACAAUAAUACUCUUCACCAGAGGUUUUUUUAUCCUUCUUGGAUGGGAAGCUCGAGCUGUCCGGUAACCUAAGAAUUCAGAACAGACUAACUGGAAGCUUUAAGGUGACUUUUGUGGAAGAGCGAGUGUGUUGCUCAAUCUGAAAUUGUUUACAAUCGUUGUGAUUCUCAGUGGUGCCCAGCGCCAGGACAAGGGGCAAUGGGCACAACCUGAAGCACAAGAGGUUCCAGUUGAA